AUGACGACCAUGCGCAUCUUUGCCGACGCCGACGUGGCAAAGCACGACACCAACAAGGCAUGUUGGGUCUCAUACAAAGGCGGCGUCUACGACCUCACCCCCUUCCUCGACGACCAUCCCGGAGGCGAUGACAUGAUCAUGCGCUUCGCUGGGCGUGAUCUCGAGAAAGUGAUGGAGGACCCAACAGAGCACGUGCACUCCAAUUCGGCGUACGAGAUGCUCGAGGACUUCCGCAUCGGCAGCCUCGGCGCCAAUGAAUCUAUUGUCACUGAUGACUGGGUCGCGGACGAGAACUUCCACCCAGACGAGACCAACGUCGCGUCCGACUUCACCAAGAACCAGUUCCUUGACCUGUCCAAGCCCUUGCUUCUGCAAGUCUGGAGCGCGCCAUGGGGCAAGGAGUACUAUCUCAAGCAGGUGCACAACCCCCGCCAUCUCAAGGACUCUGCGCGCCUGUUCGGGCCUGACUUCCUUGAGAUGUUCACGCGCACCCAGUGGUACGUCGUGCCUCUCGUCUGGGUCCCGAUCACCAUGUUCCUCGGGUAUCUCUCGUUGCUGCAGUUCAGCGACUCGCGCAUUCUCGCCAAGGAUGUUCUGCAGUGGCCCGUCCAGCUCCACCUCCUCCCGAACAUUGGGCCUAGUGCGUUCGCCAAGUUUGUGCCGUCUUACCUGGUGGGCUGCCUGAUCUGGACGCUGCUCGAGUACUUCCUCCACCGCUUCCUGUUCCACCUCGACGACCACCUCCCCGACGCCAACUGGGCGCUCACCCUCCACUUCCUCCUCCACGGUGUCCACCACUACCUGCCCAUGGACCGCCUGCGCCUCGUCAUGCCGCCCCUCCUCUUCUUCGUUCUCGAGACGCCGUUCACCAAGCUCGCCCAUGUCCUCUUCCCCAAGGCAGUAGCGAACGGGAUUAUCGCGGGCGCGUUUACCUUCUACAUUGGCUACGACUGCAUGCACUACGCCCUUCACCACACUCGUCUUCCCCAGUACAUGACGGAGAUGAAGAGGUAUCACCUCGCGCACCACUACAAGAACUUUGAGCUUGGCUUCGGUGUCACCAGCAAGAUCUGGGAUGUCGUCUUCGGCACCAUCCUCCCCGUCGCUCAGAAGUAA